AGGUGAGUAAGAGGCGAGAUGCAGAAUCUUCUCGUGAACCAUCUCUAAAACACUCAUUCACAUCUCUUUCGGCGUGGCUUGGCGUCCCAGUAUAGGCAGAAGAUUUGAUAUGCGGAGUCUCCUGUCAUGCAGCGAUGCAGUUGCCGAAAGCGGAGUGGUUACUCAUACUGAGAUGAUCAAAAUUAUCUCUUCGGAUCGAUCAAGAGACUCACUUUUGUCAUCUUAUAUCGACAUGAAGCCCGACCUGUUUUCUCAACUGCCUCUUAAGGUGAUUUUCAUAGUCUGUAAACAUCUGUCCAUCCGCAGUGUUGUGUGCCUAGUACAGAAGAUCAAAUCUCUUUACUCCUCUCAAGAUCUGGUGAACCAUUUGGUCACGUAUCUCCCCAGACACCGGAAACCAAGUGUCAAAAAAUCCGAGUCGGGCUGAGUUUGUUCGUCUUUCGCACUGCUUAAUCAGAGUCAGGAUUAUCACUCAUCCACGAUAUCAUACAUACCAUACUUCG